ACUCUGGCGCAGUAGCACUCAGGUUGCUCUGGCGUGGAAGUGUCAGUUUGCUUUUAUAUACUCUUUUAAGCACAGAUUUAACAACAGUUGAAAAGAAAAGAAAAGAAAAGAAAAGAAAAGAAGUAAGUCUGAGAGGAUUUGGAUGUCUACAUUUAAAGGGCACUAGAAAAUAUUCUGGUUGACAGUGAAUAGGACAAGGAUGAGAUAUCCAAAAGGGGUGGUCUCUGAAGUGGAUCAUGCCCUCUAGAUAGCAGACUCUUCGCCUCGCUGGCUGUCGGCCCCUCCGGAUUGGAGAGGAUGCAUCCCCGGAAGCGCACACGGCCCACCCUGGGCUUCAUGUGCUGCUUCAGCAGCAGUGAACCCCCUGAGAUCAACCUGAAAGACAGUGUACCGCUGCAGCUGCUGGAAUUCAGUGCCCCCAUGCCCCCGGAGGAAGAACUGCAUGCCCGUUUCUCUGAAUUAGUGGAUGAACUGGAUCUCACAGACAAAAACAGGGAAGCCAUGUUUGCUUUGCCUGCUGAGAAGAAAUGGCAGAUCUAUUGCAGCAAGAAAAAGGAACAAGAGGACCCCAACAAGCUUGCUACCAGCUGGCCUGAUUACUAUAUUGACCGCAUCAACUCCAUGGCAGCUAUGCAGACACUAUUUGCUUUUGAGGAAGAGGAAAUGGAGAUGAGAAACAAGGUGGUAGAGGAUCUAAAGACAGCCCUCCGGACUCAACCAAUGAGGUUUGUGACACGCUUCAUCGAGUUGGAUGGCUUGACGUGUCUUCUGAACUUCCUGAAGAGCAUGGACUAUGAAACCUCAGAGAGCCGCAUACAUACAUCCAUCAUCGGCUGCAUCAAAGCCUUGAUGAACAACUCCCAGGGCCGUGCCCAUGUACUGGCCCACCCCCAGAGCAUCAACACUAUUUCCCAAAGCCUCCGCCAGGACAACAUCAAGACCAAAGUGGCUGUGUUGGAGAUCCUGGGUGCUGUUUGCUUGGUGCCCGACGGGCAUAAGAAAGUAUUACAGGCAAUGGUACACUACCAGAAGUAUGCUGCAGAGAGGACUCGCUUCCAGUCUCUUUUGAACGAGCUGGACAGAAGCACAAGACACUACAGGGAUGAAGUAAAUCUGAAGACAGCCAUCAUGUCAUUCAUAAACGCUGUGCUGAAUGCUGGAGUUGGAGAGGACAGUCUAGAGUUUCGCGUUCAUCUUAGGUAUGAGUUUCUGAUGUUAGGAAUUCAGCCAGUCAUCGAGAAGCUGAGAGCACAUGAUAAUGCCACGCUCGACAGACAUCUGGACUUUUUUGAGAUGGUGCGGAAUGAGGAUGAGUUAGAACUGGCCAAAUGCUUUGACACUACACACGUGGACACCAAGAGUGCUGGACAGAUGUUUGAGCUGAUCAAGAAGAAACUGAGCAACACAGAUGCCUACCCCCACCUUCUAUCUAUCUUAAAGCACUGCCUCCAAAUGCCAUAUAAACGUGGUGCAGGCAGUAUACAGCAAUGGCAACUUUUAGACCGCAUCCUUCAGCAAAUUGUUCUACAAGAUGAGAAGGGAGAAAAUCCAGAUGUUUCACCACUGGACAAUUUCAACGUUAAGAACAUCAUUAGAAUGCUUGUCAAUGAGAAUGAAGUCAAACAGUGGCGAGACCAAGCAGAAAAGUUCAGAAAAGAGCAUGUAGAGCUGAUGGCUCGGCUGGAAAGGAAAGAAAGAGAGUGUGAGACCAAGACACAAGAGAAGGAUGAUAUGAUGAAGACACUCAACAAGAUGAAGGACAAACUGCAGAAAGAAGGAGUGGAGUUGCGCUCUGCCAGGGAGCAUGUAUUAGACUUGUCCUCCCACAUUAGCAACAUUUCAAAUGGUGGAGUUCAUUUACACGUUCCCCCUCCGCUUCCUGGGAGCCCGAUGGCUCCGCCUCCACCACCUAUGAUGAUGGAACUUGCCUCACCUCCUCCACCCCCACCUGGGGCCCCGCCCAUCUUUUCUGGGGUUCCACCUCCACCUGGACCUGCUUCCAUUAGCUCCACAACCAGCCUACGCACAAAGAGCAUCCCACAACCUUCACAACCACUAAAAUCCUUUAACUGGUCCAAACUGGGAGAGAACAAGAUCACUGGUACCAUCUGGUAUGAGAUUGAUGACAGAAGGGCCUUUAAAGUUCUUGACCUAAAGGACAUUGAGAAGAUGUUUUCAGCUUACCAGAGGCAGCAAAAAGAAACAGGAUCAAUGGACGACCUUUAUCUGAGCUCACGCAAAGUCAAAGAGCUGUCUGUUAUUGAUGGACGGAGGGCCCAAAACUGUGUCAUCCUGCUUUCCAAGUUAAAAAUGAGCAAUGAAGAGAUAAAGAGAGCCAUUCUGGAGAUGGAUGAGAGGGAGGAGCUGGCUAAAGACAUGUUAGAGCAGCUGCUGAAGUUUGUUCCUGAGAAAAGUGAUAUUGACCUUCUGGAGGAACACAAACAUGAGCUUGAGCGUAUGGCCCGGGCUGACCGCUUCCUGUUUGAGAUGAGCAGAAUCGACCACUAUCAACAGAGGAUCCAGUCUCUUUUCUUCAAAAAGAAGUUUGCAGAGCGUCUAGCAGAAAUAAAACCAAAGGUUGAAGCUAUUCUGUGUGCGUCUCGUGAGGUGAUGAGAAGUAAGCACCUGACACAGGUUCUGGAAGUGGUUUUGGCAUUCGGGAACUUCAUGAACAAAGGACAGAGGGGCAACGCAUAUGGUUUCAAAGUGUCCAGCCUCAACAAGAUCAUAGACACCAAGUCAAGUAUAGACAGGAACAUCACCAUGUUGCAUUACCUGAUCAUAAUCUUUGAGAAACAUUACCCUGACAUCCUCAAUAUUCAACAGGACUUGGCCUUUAUACCAGAAGCUGCCAAAGUCAAUCUGGCUGAGCUGGAGAAGGAAGUGUUCAUCAUUAGGAGCGGCCUGAAAGCUCUGGAGGCGGAGUUACGAUACCAGCAGAGCCGAGCAUGUGACUGGGGAGACAAGUUUGUCCCAGUGGUCAGUGACUUCAUCACAGUUGCUAGCUUCAGCUUCUCUGAACUCGAGGAACUACUCGCUGAAGCCAAAGAUAAGUUUUCUAAGUCUCUGAAGCAUUUUGGAGAGGAGGAAGGUUGCAUGCAACCGGAUGAGUUUUUUGGAAUAUUUGACAUCUUCCUUCAGUCGUUCAGCGAGGCCCGACACGACCUGGAGAACAUGCAGCGACGCAAAGAGGAGGAAGAGAGGAGAAUGCGCAUGGAGGCCAUGCUGAAGGACCAGCGGGAGCGAGAAAGACGAGCAAAGAAAAGCACCGGAGGCAGUGUGUCAGAGGAGGUGGGGGAGUUUGAUGAUCUCGUAUCGGCGCUUCGCUCAGGUGAAGUCUUCGACAAGGACUCUAAACUUAAACACAAACGCAAGCGCUCUGCCAACCAGCUGGCGGAUUGUGGGGGUCGUGAAAGACCAGUCACCAAGGUGAACUAUUGACCUCAGUGAAUACAGUCAGAAGGAGUUCGGAUUUUUAUAUUUACAGACUGACAGGGAACUCUCUUGAAAUGCCAUACACUGCCCUCUAUUUUCUUUUUUGCUCAGACCAGUAAUAACGGACAAGCUCAAAGAUGGACAGGCUCACUGUAAGAUAGUCUGGUUUAUACACAGAUGAGAAGGAUGCCCUGCGAUCUCUUUCUUCUUGUUUCUGCUUGUUCCUCCUCCUUGAUAUGUACAGUCACUCACACUGAUCUCUUACUCUUGUUUUUUUGUGGCGAAAUGCACAACCUGAGUUUCAGUUUGGAAGAGCUGUUCAGUCUGGUGCUGCGAGGUCUCACAAUAAGUCAUAAGAGGUAGAUAUCAUCUGAGUCACUUGUAGAAUCCAUAUGGUCAUCCUUCUAACCUGCAAAGGUUAUUGUCCUUUCUCUGCCGCCCAUUUUCAUGCUCUAAUUUUAGGAGAUUGAGAAAUUUGAUACCUCUAAUCUUCCGAUCCAACUUUGCUUUUGGAUUUAAAAGAUGCAGCUGGUGCUUCCUAAACCUGAAAAUGAAGGAAAAAAAAGAAAAUAUUGUUCAGUCCUGGAUGUUGGAAUUACCACACAGGCAAUUAUGACACUGUGUAUGCAGCCUUACAGGUUGGGAUACUCCUUCCCCCAAGUGCCUCUAUACAUUAACGGCAUUCCAAGGACUACCUCCUGUACGGAGAUACUGAUGAGAGAGAAGAGCACUUUCACAAAGACAUACAAAGAAUAUGAAAAUACGCUGAGUGUAUUUAAUGGCAGAGAUUAAAUGAACCCGUUGGAUUGUUAUACUUUAUAAUAUUCUCAUCUGUCAUAUACAACUGCACCUUUUAUCCAAAUGCCCUGAAGUAGCAUUCUAGGAAAGAAGGAACCAUGAAAUUCUGUUUAAAAAAGCCGUUAUCUAUGAGCAGGUACUACCAUGUGUCUUCAUCACUUCUUCAGGUUAACAUAUUGAACCUUUGGGCCUUGAUAAUAAUAUUUAACAAAAUGAUGUCUUACAUGUUUUACUAUCUAAAUGUGUAUAAAGAAACGCUAGGUACCCAGGUCUGUAAAAAAGUUGUCUCUAGAAUCUUGAUUUGUAGAGAGAUCCACUGAAUUUUAGACUUUGUUCUCAAGGUCAACAUUAUGUAACCCACUUUGGUUUUCUUAUAUUUUGUUCAUGUUUUUUUUUUUAUAACAUAUACCUGUAUAUUAAGUAGCUGUAGUCAGGACAAAGGUUGCAGAUGUAUAUACAAUGACCUUGUAGCUGGCAUGGUGUGGCAGAGAAAAUGGUGUUAGAGAUAGGGAAAACAAGAGGCCUCUGAUAUGGAAAUAGACACACAUAUGAAGGCAAUGAAUGCAAACAUUUGAAGGGGAAAUGUAGAUUCCAGUGAGAUGGUGAUUAUGGAUUGACAAAAAAAAUCAUACCCCCCACGCCCACCCUGUAAGAAUACUGUUUUCAUCACAACAUGCAGGUUACAUUGCAGCAGUCUGAGGCCUCAUGUGUCCUCUGUCCAUAUGGGGUCACAGUGGGAGUUCUGUAUAAGGUGAUUGUGUUUAUCUUUUAAGAGAUAAAAGUUAAAUAUUGACACGCAUGGUGCUAAUUGUCAAUUUUUGUGGGUACAGCUCUGCCCCUUCUGAACUUGCUUAAGGAACAAGAAGAGUGUCUGUGAGUGCAGGGCUUGUGGUAUAUCUAUAUCUCUUUGAGCCAGUAAGAUCAUUUAUUAACAGUCCAAAAAUACACAAGUUUUAAAACUAAGCUUACAAGUGCCAUAACAAUGUGCCAGUGCAGACAUUCUCUCCUUUCACACCUGUAUCAGCUCAUGUGUACUUAUUUAGAUUUAAUGAUUGAAAGUUGUAUAUUUAUGAUUGUUUACUUGUUUUAAUACCAAAAAUAGUAAUUGUAGUCCUAUCUGUAUUAAGUCUCUUUUUCGUGACUAAUGGCUUGAGAUUGCUUAUUACAAGUUAGUAUUUUUGUACAACAGACAGUUCGUUCCAGGUUUGACCUGAAAAGAGCAGAGAGUUUUGUCUGGGACAUUUAGAAAAAUACAACUAUUGCCCACUUAAAUCUGAGCAUUUGUAAUUAGUUGAUUGCACUUCCUAUAGAGGCUCUUAUUAGAUCUAAUGGCAAAGCCCUAGUCUUGAGCUGCUUAAUUGGAGAUCAUGUAGAAUUAGGAAUGUGGGUUUGCACGAUUAACUGUUCUUUGUGCACCAAAAUGAAUAUGACCCAACAGAAGAGACGAUAUACACUUUGUUAGACAAUUUUAUAUUAAUACAUUCAUUAAGUACUAAAAAAAA